GCCACAGAACAGAGAUCAGAGGAAGAGAAGAGACAGAAGUCAUGUCCAAAGUGUGGACAGCUCUCACAUGUCAGAAAAUCAAUGCGACUCUAAUUUUAGAAAAAACUCAAAUAAUUUAAUUUUGGUAAAGAAACGGAAACAAUCUCUAAACAAAAAAAGACUUUCAUCUGUGAAGUCUGGUAAAAGAACAAAAAAAUCACUCGGUGAGUCUGAUGAAAGACCUUAUGUCUGUAAAGAAUGUAGUGUGAGCUUUAGGUACUGGUCUAAGCUCAGAAUUCACAUGCGAAUCCAUACAGGAGAGAAUUCAUGUAAAGAAUGUGAUAAAAGAUUUAGUAAAAGAUCACAACUCACAGCACACAUGAGAAUUCAUACUGGAGAAAAGCCUUUUUCUUGUAAAGAAUGUGAUUCGAGUUUUAUUAAAAAAGGAAUUCUCAAAAUGCACAUGAGAACACACACAGGAGAAAAGCCUUUUUCCUGUAAAGAAUGUGAUAAAAGUUUUAGCAAUAAAGGAAAUCUCAAAACACACAUAAGAACUCACACAGGAGAGAGGCCUUUCUCAUGUAAGAAAUGUGAUAAAAGUUUUAAACAAAUAUCAAAUCUCAAAACUCACAUGAAAACUCACAAAGGAGAGAAGCUUUUCUCUUGUAUGGAAUGUCAUUUAAGUUUUAGCUGCAUAUCUAAUAUGAAAUCACACAUGAGAACUCAUACAGGAGAAAGGUCGUAUUUUUGUAAAGAAUGUGAUAAAAAUUUUAGUAAAAUAUCUAGUCUUAAAGCACACAUGAGAUCUCACUCAGGAGAAAAGCCUUUCACGUGUAAAGAAUGUGAUAAAAGUUUUAGUAUUAAAGGAAAUCUUAAAACACACAUGAGAACUCACACAGGAGAAAGGCCUUUCUCUUGUACAGAAUGUAAUAAAAGUUUUAGUCAAAAAAAUAGUCUCAACAUACACAUGAAAACUCAUACAGAAAAUAAGCUUUUUACUUCUAAUGAACAUGAGAAAAGUUUUAGUCAUGAAUCUAGUCUCAAAGUACACUAAAACAGUGGUCCCCAACCACCGAGUGCCACUGGGCCAUGGAAAAACUAAUAUAUUACACCUGUUUGUUUUUUAAUCCCGGAUUUAAAAUAUUUAUUUAGAAAUAACCGAAUUAUCUCACCUACAAGUUUGGUAAGUGGAGCAAAAUGACUACGUCUGAUUCAUCUUUUUUCUUAAACGUCUUUUGGUUUUGAAAAUUGACCGGAUUGUCUUGAUUAUAUCUCAGUGACUUAAGGGCUAAACAGCAGUCCGGUGGACUGUAAAACAAGAGUAAACAUGUGAGAAGUCUUUUCAUGUCAAACGUGUAAAAUAAUGAAAACGCUAAACUUAGAAAGCACUGGGGUUUAUUGGCAAGAGUUGAAUACAUAUUUAGCUCUAGGAUUUUUAUGUGAUGCAGUUUUAUAUUUUGUCAUGUGAGCAAAUAUUUGUUUGUAAAGAAACUGAUUUUUCAAAAAAUGUAAUAAAAGGUCUAUACCAUGCUUUUCUGAAGCCUUUCAGAGUAAACUUUUACUAUAUGAUCAUAUUAUUUACCUUUGGCACACUAAGGAACAAAUAAUUAUGAGGUUAUUUUUCCUACCCAUAAGUAAGUUCUCAGAUAUGCUUGAAUGGAUCAUAGACCCCUUUGGGGUUGUUUUUUAGUGAGGAAUGGACGUUAUAACACUUAAAAACUCAAAGUUGAUUUUACAUGGUAAAAAUCAUUUAAUGAAGAGGCAGAUAAAGAAACAGAAUGGUGUUUAUGUCUUGUUUUUUGUAAUCCUCAGUUUUCUAUCCCAAUCUUUUAAUGUGAAAAAUAAAGCAGACGUGAACAUCAGUCAGAAGUGUGGAGUCUUUCUGCUGUUUGUUGGUUCUCCGCAGGUUCCAAAGCUGAUCUCCUCAAGUCCAGUUCUGACUGCUGAACUCAGGACUGAGCUCAGGCUGUGAAGAAGACUGAAGCAAACAGCUUCUCUGUGGUUUUCUCAUCAGUCAGAGUUUCUGUUACAGAGAGUGGAGCAGUGAGGUUCGGCACGUCUCAACAGAAAUCUUCCAUUUUCACUCUCGUUUUGUUGAAUCUCUUUAAACUUCAGAUUUUGUCUUGGAAGAUGAGUAUUUGGAGCUUUUAGAAUUUAUUUUAUUCUGUUUUUAUCCUUUAAAGAGAUUCAUCUUUUCACAACAAGCCUGAAGAAAUGUAACCAGAAGGCCUUCAUUCUGAAUUGAUUCAUAAAGUUUAUUUUUUAAAAAGGAUUUUGUUCUCUAUCAUAAAAUAUAUUUAAUAUUAUACCUCUAUCACAUCUAAGUUAAAUAUGUUGUUACUUGUGAUUCUUUUGGAUUUCAAUCUAUUUUUUAUAAAUGCAAAUGCAGUAAAAGAGGAAAAACUUUUAUUUUGAAGUCUGCAGCUCUUCAUCUGCACGUCUCCUC